AUGUAGACACUUUAUUACAACCGCUAAAAUUUCUCAUAUCUCUCCGAUAAAUUCAAACAGUCUUGUUUCGCAUCGCUGUCAAAAAACGCUUAAACGUCGAACGAAGCUUUUCCGCUGAUCCAAAAUCAUCAAGAUACUUUUUUGUGACUAAAACAAGUUUGAGUGCUUCCCGGUUUUCCUCCAGUGUGAGCAGUCGUUUCUAGUGCCUGAAAUGUUUUAUUGCCCCCUGUUCUGAAAUGAUCCCCAAAACAGUCGGCCGAUCUGGUCGUUUGGCAGUGACUUUUCAUCAAAGUCGCCUUCCGUUCUCUACAGAAAAGAAGACACCGAAAAGCCGCUAUGAUGUUGUUGUGGUUGGAGGAGGGCACAACGGGCUGGUAGCCGCGGGGUACCUCUCACGUGCAGGGUUGAGUGUUUGCGUCCUGGAGAGGCGCCCUGUCCUCGGAGGAGCCGCUGUCACGGAGGAGAUCGUCCCUGGUUUCCGAUUCUCCAGAUGCUCCUACGUUCUCAGCCUCCUCAGACCCCAGAUCAUCCAGGAGCUUCAACUCAAGGAAUUUGGUCUUAAACUUCACUUUCGGGAUCCGAGUAGUUUCACAGUUUUGCGGGAUGGUCGUCACCUUCUGCUCGGCUCCAGUCACCAAAGCAAUGUCGAGCAAAUCUCUAAAUUCUCCAAAAGAGACGCGCAGUUGUUCACCAAGUACGAAGAGGAGAUGCAGGUACUUGCAAAAGGGUUGGUUCCACUGAUGGACGUCUCUCCCAGUCAGCUUCAAAAGUUCCUCGAGCAGUCUUCUUCUAUGAAAAUCAUCGAACUUUGGAGGUCAAAACCACUGAGGGAGGCCGCAAAGGCUCUGUCAACAUUAGGUCCGAAUGCAAGGUCCUUGUGGCAGUUGAUGACGUCACCUAUCAACAAAGUUCUCGACAAAUGGUUCGAGUCGGAGCCUUUGAAGGCCGGUCUGGCCACGGAUGCGCUUAUCGGGACCAUGGCUGGCCCGUUCACACCGGGCACAGGGUAUGUCUUGAUGCAUCACGUGUGUGGUAAUUUGGACGGUACUCCCGGAGCGUGGGCCUAUCCAGAGGGUGGAAUGGGUGCCGUUUCGCAAGCGCUCGCGCGUUCGGCAGAGGCGCACGGCGCAGACUUAUUCACCGACAAGGCUGUCGAGAGAAUAACGAUUGACAGGAAUCAAAACGCCGAUGGAGUGGUAACCAAUGACGGAACAGAGGUCAAGGCAACGUAUGUCUUGUCGAAUGCUACACCCAAAGUCACGUUUGAUUUGAUCGCAGACAAAGAGGUCUUGGACAGCGAUUACGUCUCUGAGCUUGAGAGGAUCGAUUACACGUCACCAGUCACCAAAAUCAACAUUGCGGUGUCGCGAAUACCCCAGUUCAAAGGCUUGGGUGGACCCUCUGGUGGCGACGAAGUGCAGCCGCAUCACCGAGGAACCAUUCAUCUCAACAGUGACUCCAUGGAGGAAAUUGAUGUUGCCUACCAACAAGGCGUCACCGGUCAUCUCCCAGAUAGGCCCAUGCUGGAAUUGGUCAUUCCGUCUUCUUUGGAUAAAACUAUUUCUCCCGACGGAGCUCACGUAUGUUUGGUGUUUUCUCAAUUCACAAAAUACUCAUUGGCGAACGGUCGAGUGUGGGACGAAGAUACCAAAAAUGCUUACGCUCAAAUUGUGUUCAACAGUAUAGAAGAUUAUGCUCCUGGAUUUAAGUCAAGUAUCGUUGGCUAUGAGGUUCUCUCCCCUCCCGAUUUGGAAAGCAUUUUUGGACUGACAGGAGGUAAUAUCUUCCACGGCGCCUUGACUCUGGACCAGCUUCUGCUGUGCAGACCCGUGAGCUCUGGACCAGCGUCUCCGUACACUCCAAUAUCCAAGCUCCUCAUCUGCGGAUCGGGCGCUCAUCCGGGGGGAGGUGUCACUGGAGCCCCCGGAAGACUGGCCGCCAAGGAAGUCAUCGCCACCGCUGGACGGUAGCGUCAAUGAAAUGGUGACGUUGAUACAACGACAAUCAGACUCCGAAAAUGUGUAUUUCGGUCGCCGCACUGAGAAAAAAAAUCUUUGUGUAUUUACUAAGAAAAGGGUAAAAUUACCAAGAAUUCAGAGUUCUGUUUGAUCGCAGUUUUUU